UCUACAAAGAGCAAAAUGGCCGAAACUCGUUGGACAGCGACAGACGUCCCGUGAAAUAUGCGUAAUGUUGAGCGGUCAUCGUUGUAAAUAAACAUUAAAGUGGCAGUGUCGUAAUCAUAGCAGUGAUCAGUGGCAGUGCAUGGUCUCUUUACAUGAGUGUCAAUCCCGUGCUAUAACUAAUACCGUGAAAGAUUUGUGUCAGUUUAGUGUUUUGAACCUUGUUUUUAAGAAAAACUUCGCUCUGACUUCAGUUUUGGAUUUAUGUUUACUUGAACUCGGUGAUGCUGGGAGGGUCGGGGCCGGGGCCUGGGGGCGGGGGCGAACCGGGCGCAGGAGAGUUGCUUACCGUCACCGUGGUGCGCGACGAGCAUGGCUACGGCAUGAAGGUUUCCGGUGACAACCCCGUGUACGUACAAUCAGUCAAAGAGCACGGGGCGGCGUGGCGCGCUGGCUUGCGCGCCGGCGACCGCAUCCUCUGCGUGGAUUCGGUGCACGUGUACCAGCACACGCACCAGCAGGUCGUGCACAUGAUACGAGCAAAACCAACAACAGUGCUUACUGUACAGCAGAACAGCUCGCGGACCAAGACGCCCAUCACUGCGCCACUGCCCGUCAAUCCGGAGAACCAGCGGCAGCUGGAGGAGUCGAAGGUGCUGACAAUGAGGCUCAUGCUACAGAAAGAACAGAAGUACAUCAGGGAGUUGCGAAAUGAAGUGCAGAAGGUACCAGAUGUAAGAAAGCAAGCCCAAUUAGAGGCGGCCAUACAGAGGUGCUCCAAGCUGCAACACGAAAUAGACAUCGUCAUGGCGGCACAGGGCGAGAGUGCGGGCUCGGCCGCGCCGGCGCCGGGCACCCCCCGCGGCUUCCUCAGCGGUCUGCCGCGCUCGCUCAGCAACCUCACCGGACAGAGUCUGCGCAAUCUGCGCCAGGCGCGCGCCCGCCACGACACACCCCUCGCGCCCCUCACGCCCCCCGCCCACAACACGCACCCCCCGCACAACACGCACCCCCCGCACACCGUGCCCCUCGUGCCUCUCGUGCCCACCACCUGUCUCGACAACGCGCCCCCGCCGCUCCCGCCGCGCUCCACCGAGCGCCCCAAGCGCGGCCCCCUCAGCCCCUCGCACCCCCUGCACCCCCCGACGCAGCGACCCCCCUUCAAGGAGCAACACCCCCUGCAUUCGGCGCACGAGCACCGGCUGCGGCGGUCGUCGCACUCGCUGGACGGCGAGCUGGAUGGCCCCCAGCCCAACUCCAUCGCGCUGCAGUUGAGCUACCCCCUCGUCAACGUGCCCCCGCCCCCGCUGCAGACGGACAGUCGCGGCGCUCCAGUGCUGCACGCUCGCAGUCAGUCCUCACCGGAACAGCUGGAACACGAUCUUUCCAGGACGAGCACUGAGGGCGGGGCGUGUCCGGAGCGCGCGUGGGAGCCGCCCGGGACUCCGCCCCCGCCCUACGCACACAACACUCAGCCCUGUGUGGACCCGCAAAGAGCUAUCAUAUCGAUGGAAGAAGAUGACCCGCCGACAUCUGUGAAUUCAAGUAGUUCUGGCCUGUUCUCCAAUCUCCGUUCAGUCAGAGAUUCAAGAGCUAGGAUGGCCGUCUUGCUCAACUGGCUCAUAGGCGAGAGAAGAUGUCCAUGCGCGUGGCUGGUGCUGGUGCUGACUGAGCAGUUCCGCACAGCCGCCGUGCCCACCGCCACGCUCCGCCGCUGGGCCUACGAGAUACAGUCCUCCUUCCUCAUGCCGCACGCGGUGUUGCAGUUGAACGGCGUGGACGAGCACAUGGCCAACGAGAUCGAUCACGUCUUGUUAUACGAGCACCACAAGGAGGAGGUGCUGCGCAAUGUUUUCCGCAAAGCGCGCGCAAAGGCGAAGGAGGAGCUAGCGGCGCAGCUGCGCGACUUCCAGCUGAAGCGGCAGGUGGGGCUCGGCGCACUCUACGGCCCAGACGACGCCGUGCUCGAGAAGUGCACCGUCGACAAGGCGCAGGAGCAAGUGGUGGUGGAGCGACUGCUGUACGAGGUGAUCCGCGCGGUGUGCAGCGAGGGCGCUGGUGUCGCCGGGGGUGCGGGGGGUGUGGGGGGUGCGGGCUGCGGCGGUGGGCCCCCCGCACCCCCCGCCAUGUGCAGCACCUCCCCCGCACACCGCGCACUGCUCGCCGCGCUCGCUGCAGCAGCGUGCAGCAUGGACUGCAGGCCGGCGGCGGUGGCGGCGGCGGGGCAGGCGGCGGGCGCGCGCGAGUCCUUCCUGCUCAGAGACAAGCUGUACAAGCAGCGCCUCAAGCACAUCGCCAAGCAGCGCCCACAGCCGUACGUGGUGCGCGGCCACCAGCUGCAGCUGCAGGCGCUGACGUCAGUGGCGCACUGCCACCACUGCGACCUCGUCAUCUGGGGCCUCGCGCCGCAAGCAUACGUCUGCGCCAACUGCAAGCUGCGCGUGCACCGCGAGUGCGGCAAGGCGGUGGAGGAAGGCUGCGUGUUGGAUGGAGAGACACAAAACAACAGGAUCUCGCGCUUCAUGGAGCGAAUACAUCACAACAACAUGCCCGGUCAAGACGCGGGCGACAAGAAGUCCCGCAAGGCUUCGGGCACCUCGCACUUUCUCAACAUGGAGCGAAGUUUCAGGAAGAUGGAGGACGAGACGACUUGGGAGCAGACUCUCACGCCCACGCCUGUUAUAGGCGAGUCUCGGCGCGAGGGAUCAACAGAGGAGCCGAGUGCUGCUGAAGCGGAGGCGGACUUUGCGGACACGGCCAAAGAACAACCUGACAAGGAGCACAACUGGCGCGGGGGUGGGGGUGGUGGUGGUGGGGGUGGGCGCGGAGUGAACCGCGCUGAGAGCUGCCGGGAGAGAGACGCGCCUCGCCGCGGCAAACAUCGCAACGCCUCGGACCCCAACCGUCUCACUGCGCACCACAACCAUGACCUGGAGCCGGGCACACCGACAGCGCCCUCUGGCAGCUCCAGCAGUUCCAGUCUGUCUUCUAGAAGUAACGAGAGCAACACGGUCGCCGCUGACCAACAAGCUUCCCCGUCAGACCUGUCGGAGGAGGAGGAGCCGCUGGCGGCGCAGUGGGCGGACAGCUUGCCGCCGCACUUGCUCGACAGUCUGCUGCUCUCCGCGCGGCUCAGGAAGCGCCAGGAGGUUAUACAUGAGCUGAUAGUGUCGGAGGGGUCGCACGUGCGGUGGCUGAAGGUGCUGGACACGGUGUUCCACCGGCCGCUGCUGCGCGCCCCCACCCUGCUGGCGGCCGAGGACGUGCGCGCGCUCUUCCCCAACCUGCAGCAGGUGCGCGAGCGACACGCGCGGCUGUACGCGGACCUGCGCGCCGCCCGCACCCUCGCCCCCGACCACAUCGUGCACAUCCGCCCCGUAGCCGAGGCGCUGCUCAACACGCUGGGCGAGGCGGGGUACGCGGGCUGCCUGGCGCGCUUCUGUCGCGGGCAGCGGCUGGCGCUGGAGGCGCUGCGCGAGCGCCGCCGCAAGCACAAGGAGCUGCACCAGUUCCUGUGCGGCCGCGAGCAGCUGCCGCUGUGCGGCCGUCUGCAGCUGCGGGACCUCCUCGCCUGCGUCUGGCAGAGACUGACAAAGUACCAGCUGCUGCUUGAGGGCGUGCUGAAGACGGUGAGCUCUGCGGGGGCGGAGGGCGGGGCCGAGGUCGGGGCGGAGAGCGGGGCGGAGGACGGGGCGGAGGCGGCGGGGGCGGAGGUGGCGAGGCGCGCGCUGGCCGUGGCCAAGGACGUGCUGCACACCGUCGACACCGCCAUACGCACUGCGGAGAACGAGCACAGAUUGCGCAGCAUCCAGAGCAAGCUGGAGGUGCGCGCGGGCAGCGGGCCGGAGUGGGAGGAGCUGCGCCGCCUGGACCUCACCACCAGGUCCCUGCGGCUGGAGGGCGACCUGGCACUCCGCAACGACUCCUCCAAGAGGGUCAAUGUGCUGGCGCUGAUGUUGUCUGACUGCCUGGUGCUGCUGCAGCGUGAGGGUGAGCGCUUCGUGCUGCGCCCCAUCAGCCAGCCCAGCCAGCAGGGACCUCUCUCACCUCUCAUCAAGUGGGACAAGGUUCUGUUUCGGCCGAACGCGGCGGUGCGCAACACCUUCUUCCUCAUGAACAUCAACGGCGUGCAGAUGCACGAGCUGUCCGCAAACACCGCCGCCGAGUACGCCACAUGGGUGAAGCACAUCCAACAGGCGCCGCUCGCCAAGUUGACGGAGCUGAAGCCCCUCAUAGCUCAUCACCACUCGCGCUCCAACGACGACUCCGGUAUAAACGUGUCAAGAAAUCCGUCUGACGCGUCCGAGAAGUCGUCAUCGACUGCACCAGACGAGGACCGCGACACCGAGCGGGACACCGAGCACGUCGAGCGUGACAGCGAGCGUGACAGCGAACGUGACACCGAGCGUGACGUCGAGCACGCCGAGCACGUCCCGCCCGAGCCCGAACACGUCGAACACGCCGGAGAACGUGACCGCAGUUCCACCGAGAGACUCGACCACGACAGAGACGAGAAGAGAGACGGAGACAUGACCAGAGAUGGAGACUCGGAUGAUUCCAACAGACAGCGGCGGGCGACUGUGGGCCGCAUCAGUACACACUGCGGGGAGCUGCUGCCCGCCCUGGCCCCGCGCGACGCCCUCACCGUGCGCGACCCCCCCGCACACACCCUCGUGCACACAGCGCGCCGGGCACUCACACACCAAGAGCGACUGCGGAGGCUGGACGAGGUGAUCAGCCGUGCUCUGCGCGCCAAGAGCAGUAUCGUGGGCGAGCUGCUGGGCGUGCCCGCUGACAGCUACGCCCAGGUCGCAGACCUCGCCGUCGCGGAAACUCUCGGACAAGUCGACAUGUCGGAGAUGGAGCCUGCGGGGGCGCGGGCGGAGGGCGAGGUGGACAUCCACCAGCUGCUCCUCGCCGCGCACGAGCAGGCGAACCAACUGACGGAGCUGCUGUCGAAGGCGCUGACAGUGGACGAGGCCAGCGCGAUGGCGGCGCGGAGCGGGCGAUGUGACACUUGUCGGCGCGCCCCGCCCCUCGCACACUCGCGCCCCGCACACAACUACACCUCGCACUCACACGACACUGACACGAGCGCUCGGAAUGACGAAGAUUUGGAGGUGUCGAGCGACCGGGCCGACGAGCUAUCGGAGCUGGAGGCCUGUCUGCGCACCUCGGAGCAGGGGGAGGGCGACGAGGGCGUGUACGACUUGCUGCUGCCCCCCAGCGCGCCCCCCACCACGCCCGCCCCCACCGCCCCGCCCGCCGUGCCGCCCAGGGAGCCCGCCGAGCCGCCAUUCGAGGCGAUGCAGGCUGUGGGCGCGGCGCGGCUGGCGCGGCGGCUGGGCGUGCCGGCGCGCGCGCUGGCGGGCACGCUGGCACACCUGCUGGCACACGUGCCGCCUCAGCUGGCGCACGCGCACGCCACCAGACACCAGCUCGCCGCACACCAAGACCUCGCAGACGCCCUGCGCGCGCAGGCGCAGCGUGCACAUACAACAGAUUAUCAAAUGACUGAGGAGAUCUGCUUCCCCAAGGCGCUGGAUGUGGACCGAUCUCUGCAGGACCAUCCGAGUAACGGAGGCUGAUCUCACAAGUGAAGAGAUAUGAUCCGUCAGCCAGCUCGGGCCGCGCCGGGCCGCGCCGGGCCGCG